GAUGUUCAGAGGAAAGGAUGUUCAUAUCUCCUCCUCUGCGGUCGCGAUGAAGUGCCUGAUUCUCCUUUCCGUCAUCGGACUAGCUGCGGCUGGCUUACUCCAGGGAUACAACUUGCCAGGGCCAGGAAGCGGAGGCUUCACCCAUGGUCAUUCGGGAUCAUUCAGUCAGGGGACAUCCUUUGGUCAAGGAAGUACAUCCUUUGGACAGGGAAUUUCGUCGGGAAGUACUUCCUUUGGACAGGGAAUUUCCUUUGGAACUUCAUCUGGAACGACCUUCGGCCACGGAACUUCUUCGGGAGUAAACUUCGGAAUAAACCAGGGUUCUUGCGGAGGUGGACAGGUGCGCCACGUGGAUGGGAGGUGUGUGACGCCUCGUGUGAACCGUCGCGUCUUUCUCUACGACGUUCCUUCCAACGUGCAGACAAGCGGCCCUGUCAACAUCCCCGAACCUCGCGUCGAGACUAACGUCCUCUUGAUCCGCACACCCGAAGGAGGCCUCGGGCCGCAACCCGUGGUCAUUCCUCCGCCCAGACAGCAGCACGUGGUGUACGUUCUCAACAAGCAGAGCAGCCAAGACCAGCGGGUGAUCGAGGUACCCUCUUCUGGCCCUUCAACCCCUGAGGUUUACUUCGUCAACUACGCGGACGGAGAGAACCCAACCCUUCCGAGCGGGGUGGACCUCCAAACUGCCCUUCAGUCAGCAAGCCAAGGCACAGGUCAAGACGUCGGCUCAGCGAUCUCGUCAGGCCAGUCCAGCUCCUUCAGCAGCAGUCAGUCCUUCGACUCGGGAACUCAAGUGUUUGAUUCAGGCUCAUCCUUUGUGAGCCAGCCCUCUGGUUUGUACACACAACCCUAGGUGGAUCCCACUGUUUUUUAUUCGCAGUGGUAAACUGUGUGCACACACACAGAUUUAUAUAUAUAUAU